GUAACACUUCCAAAAAUAUUAGAUGCACGACCGUAAGAUAAAUACGUAUACUAUUUUUGCUGUCUGAAUUCGUUUCAACGCAUGAACAAUCAAAACAAAUCCGAGCCGUCUUUCUGUGUUUACACUUCGUGUAUCGUUUCUUUUAUUUCCUGUCUCACUCUCCCCCUCUCUCUCUCUUUCUUUUGACUCGUUUUAACGUGACAAGCGGCACGCGCCGCCACUAAUUCUAAUACACCUGUGUCACCUGUGUCUAUGCGAUACUUUUCGGUUAAAAACUAUAUUAUUCAAAUUUUGCACGGCGGCGCUACUGUGAAAUCUACUGCCUCUAGAUAGGUAAGAGAUUACCAUCUCUCUUGCAUUGCGUGUUCUUUUGUGAAUAGGAAGCGUGCCUCUUCUCAUUGUCAGGGAAUUCGAUUCACAUUCUUCAAUAAACUAGAAUUAAUUAUGGGAAGAACUUCAACUGGAAGGAAUUCGUUGUCCAAAGGAGCUACAAGUGGAGAGGAUCAGCAACGACAGCAGUUACCACCGCAACAGCAGAUGCAGCAACAACAGCAGUUGCCACCACAACAGCAGAUGCAGCAACAACAGCAGUUGCCACCGCAACAGCAGAUGCAAUUACAACAGCAGUUGCCACCGCAACAGCAUAUGCAGCAACAACAGCAGUUGCCACCGCAACAGCAGAUGCAGCAACAACAGCAGUUGCCACCGCAACAGCAGAUGCAGUUACAACAGCAGUUGCCACCGCAACAGCAUAUGCAGUUACAACAGCAGUUGCCACCGCAACAGCCGCAGUUGUUCUUUCAUCAAUACCAAUUCCAACAACAACAGCAACAAUUACAACUGCAGCAGCAAAUUAACCUGCAAAUCGAGCAGCAGCAGUUGUUGCAGGAUAAAAUUCAGAAACAACAGCAGCAACUUCAGCAACAACAACAACUUUCCGAAACAGAGGAAAAAGUUGUUGCUCCGCUGAAGAGGCCAGCGUUGGAGUCUGCACCUGCACCAUCACCGGCAGAGAAUGAUUUCUCCAGGCAGGAGAAACCUGCCUACAAAAAGGAUAAUUCUAAUGUGUGGAAUUUAGAAAAAUGAAUCAACAUCCUGGAGACCAGCAUGAGAAAAUUAAAAUUAGAUUUUCGUCAGUUAGAAAGAGACAGAGAAGAAUACAGAGAGCGAGAUAGAGCAAGGGAAAGAGCAAGAGAGCAGGAAAGAGUUGAAGAAGAAAGAGCUAGGGAAAGAGAAAGAGAAAGGGAAAAGAAAAUGAGAAAAUAUUAAAUCAAGCACCGAAAAUUUCCUGAAAGUUGAAAUUAACUUGACUGCAAAAAUGAGUUAUUUGUCCCAACGCUCAUGAAACUUGAAAAAAAUUCAUUUAAAAAUUUUAAACAAGUUAAUUUCAAUUUUCAGGAAAUUUCUAAUGCUGCCUUUAUAUAUUAACACAUUCUAUAAACCUGGAAAAAUUACCUUAACAUCUCAGCUUUCAAUUAAAAAAAUACAUCCUAAUGUCGCUCAUACUUUUUUUAAAACAAUUUUUUUGGAGAAAUGUAAGGUGAGCCAUUACGCCCAUUUUGUACCACGAAAUGAAAGUUUAAGAAAUAUGUAAUAUCAACUUUCAUCAUAGUUUGUUUCAAUUUCUGUUUAAAAUUACUUUUCAGUUACAAAUUCAGCGAAGAGAAUAAAUUAUUUUUUAUUUACAUAAACUAUUGUGUCAUGCUUAAUUAUAGCAAAAUUAUAAAUUAAAAUUUGUUUCUUGUUCUGUUCUCAAA